UCAGUCAACGCUAGGUGUCUCACGCACGGCUUUCCCUUCUCCAGCUGCUGUAGGUACUUUCUUUCGGCUGUCUCGUGCAGCGGCUGUAACGCGUGGCCAGAAGGGUUGGCUUUUUAUACUCAUUUCCAAGUGUCAAACUCGUGAAGAUGUCGGACCUGGAGCAAAACGUCGCCGAGCUCGAGAUCGAGGAGUCGGGCAAGAAGAAGCUCACCCACAAGGAAAAGAAGAAACUGAAGAAGAAGCAGGAAUAUGAGAAGACCAUCGAGAUGCUAACCAAAGCGGGCGGCCAGGGACACAGUGAGUUGGAGUCGAAUUUCACCGUUUCCCAGAGCCAGACGCAGAAUAGGGGUGGUCAACAGCUGGAGAACGCUGUGGAUAUCAAGGUGGAAAACUUCAGCAUCGCUGCGAAAGGCAAAGAGCUGUUCACCAAUGCCAAUCUCCUCAUCGCACAGGGCAGACGAUACGGUCUGGUUGGUCCUAAUGGCCAUGGAAAAACUACGCUAUUGCGUCAUAUUGCAAAGAGAGCAUUCAACAUCCCACCUAGCAUCGACAUUCUGUACUGUGAGCAAGAAGUUGUUGCUGACGAUACACCAGCUGUUGAAGUAGUCUUGAAAGCCGAUGUUAAGUGCAAUGAAUUACAAGAGGAAUGCAAAAAAUUGGAAGAGAAAGUUGAAGCAGGUGACACUACUGUUCAAGACAGGUUACAAGAAGUCUAUGAAGAGUUGAAGGCUAUUGGUGCUGACUCGGCAGAACCCAGAGCAAGAAGAAUCCUUGCUGGUUUAGGAUUCAGUAAAGAGAUGCAGAACCGUGCUACCAAAAAUUUUUCUGGUGGUUGGCGUAUGCGUGUCUCUCUAGCUAGAGCACUGUUUUUAGAGCCCACGUUAUUGUUGUUGGAUGAACCUACGAAUCACUUGGAUCUUAACGCCGUUAUUUGGUUAGAUAAUUAUCUGCAAGGCUGGAAGAAAACUUUGUUGGUUGUUUCUCACGACCAAAGUUUCUUAGACAAUGUUUGUACAGAUAUUAUGCAUUUAGAUCAACAGAAACUAUUUUACUACAAGGGCAACUACAGUAUGUUCAAGAAAAUGUACUCCCAAAAGUGUAAAGAAAUGCUGAAGGCAUAUGAGCAGCAAGAAAAGCGCAUAAAGAACAUGAAAUCUCAAGGUCAGAGUAAAAAGCAAGCUGAGAAGAAGCAGAAGGAAGCACUUACGCGUAAACAAGAGAAGAACAAGACUAAAAUACAGAAACAGGAAGAGGACACUGGACCAACAGAGCUAUUGCAGAAACCAAGAGAGUAUCUUGUUAAAUUUAGCUUCCCAGAUCCACCACCUCUUCAGCCUCCUAUUCUUGGACUUCACGAGGUGUCAUUUGCUUUCCCGGGUCAAAAGCCUCUUUUCAUAGAUGUUGACUUUGGUAUAGACUUAAGUUCCCGUGUGGCCAUUGUUGGACCCAAUGGUGUUGGUAAGACAACAUUCUUGAAGUUGCUGGUUGGUGAAUUGUCUCCCAACAAAGGAGAGCUCAUUAGAAAUCAUAGAUUGAGGAUAGGAAGAUUCGAUCAGCACUCUGGAGAGCAUCUGACUGCUGAGGAAACUCCGACCGAGUAUCUCAUUCGCCUGUUUGAUCUUCCCUAUGAAAAAGCCAGAAAACAGUUGGGAACCUUUGGCUUGAGCUCUCACGCCCACACUAUCAAAAUGAAGGACCUGUCCGGUGGACAGAAAGCACGUGUCGCUUUAGCUGAACUUUGCCUUAACGCGCCUGAUGUGCUAAUUUUGGAUGAACCUACAAACAAUUUGGACAUUGAAUCCAUUGAUGCCUUAGGUGAAGCCAUCACCAGAUACAAGGGUGGUGUGGUCAUAGUUUCUCACGACGAGCGACUUAUUAGGGACACUGAGUGUUGUUUGUAUGUGAUAGAAAACCAAACUAUUAACGAAAUCGACGGCGACUUUGACGACUACAGGAAAGAAUUGCUCGAAAGUCUGGGUGAAAUUGUUAAUAAUCCUAGUAUAGCCGCCAACGCCGCCGUUCUCCAGUAACCUGCCAACUAAAUUGAACUCUAUAGAAAAUACGUUUUUUAAAGAGAUUGCCGCGAGAGAAUUACGAAUACACAAUGAAAUUUUAUUCCUCCAACCAAAAAGAGAAAUUUAUUCAAUCAAACACUUUGUAUAAAACCUAUUGAUUCUUCGUGUUUAUUAUGAUGAAUUUUAAUGUAAUAUACAAAUCAGAUAAUAAAAAAAUUGUACAUAAAGUAGUGCAAUUUUGCAGAAUGAAAAA